CGCAGAAUCCGAGUAUAAACUUGCAAAGGAGGCCCUCUUCCUUACCACCCAGACAGCCGAAGAUGGUGGUGAAAUUAGCCACACCCUUCUCUUUUCAGGUAUAGGAAUCCUCUUGCGGGUAUCGGUAUAUACAUUGGAGCCAAAGAAUACUUUGUGAAGGUGAAAAUAUGGCUGAUGAGGAUAGAGAUCUUAUUGAGAUCUUGGAAGAACACAACCCAGUUGAUAUGGCCAAAUAUAUCAAUUACGUCAGCGCGCCGCAGGCUGGUGCCAUCGCGACAUUUUCCGGAACAACUCGCGACACAUUUGAGGGUAAAACAGUCUUGGAGCUCCGGUAUGAAGCGUACGUGCCGAUGGCUGUACGGUGCAUCAAGUCUGCAUGUCAAUCGGCUAGAUCAUCCUGGAAUCUCAUGUCCAUCGCAGUUGCCCACCGCCUUGGCCCUGUCCCUGUUGGAGAAACGAGUGUCUUCAUCGCAGUAUCAUCGGUUCACCGUGACGAUGCGCUGGAUGCUUGUAAGUUUCUGAUUGACGAAAUAAAGGCAUCUGUCCCCAUUUGGAAGAAAGAGGUAUACACCAAUGGAGAGGUCUGGAAGGAGAAUAAGGAAUUUUUGGAAAGGAAGUCGGAGCUCGAGAAAGGUGCUCGGGACGAAUAUCGCUGCAGGAAAAAAUUAGAGAGCAACAAGCCGAACGGGCAUGGCUGUUGCGGUGCUAAAGUCAAGAUAGAUGAUGGCUGUGAUGGAGACAAGAGAGAGGCUGAGUGAGAGAAGAUUGUAAUUUACUUUUGGUGCUUUUAGCAUUUUCCUUCAUCUAGUGCAGACCAUUAUAACUUAGAAGGAUUGUGACGUAGUUCUCUGAGGUUGUAAUGUCCGAGGAAUGUAUGUCGGCCUCGUCAAAUCUGCAAGUGAUUAUGCUGAGAAACAUGCGGGAUGGAAUGGGAUACCGAAGUUUCUUUCUUUGCUGUUUAUUACAGUGCUCAAACAUGUUUCAAGGGAUGCAGAAUUUUCCAGUA